ACAAAAAUUAUACACAAUACAAGUUUUCUUUGCAUUUUUAUUAAACAAAUACACAAGAUCUGAGAAACGAACGAAGAUAAACCCAAGUGCCGUGCGUUCAGUUACUGUCUCCUUAUAUAGAGUAGGGCUAACGAUUUGGCAAGCGAAAGAUUAAGCCGGAAGCAGCCAACGGGAAGCUAUAAACGCAGCGAGCGGUCAGAGCUGAGAUUUUUAGGCAGCCGCAAGUUGACUUCCGUGCCAGCAGAGGCGUCGUGAGACAGGAGUAACGGUAGAGUACGCUGUAUUUUGCCGACGGCAGAGAUUGAACACAUACAUAUAUUUAUGUAUAUGUGUGCAUUGCGUGUGUGCAUACAAUAAUAGGCAGCAACUAGUGUUAGAGCCGUGUGUGUGUCGUCGUCGUCAUCUUCGUCGUCGUCGUCGUCUGUCAGCAACUCCGACAACUCGACAAAGGCCAACAAAGUUCAACAAACAACACGCCAGACACUUCAGUUGGACAAGUAGACAAUUGAUUAUUGAUUUUGUCUAAAGGCAACUUCAGAAACAAUAGGAGGCGCGGAGACCGCUGCAGCCAGUGUUGUGCAGUGUUAAGCGCUAAAGCGCGCAGUGUUGAGCAGCGAGCAUGAAGACUUACAAGCGCUAAGCGGCCAACACACACAAGCACACGCCCACACCCACAACAAUCAAAGUAAAUACUGCAAGUGAAAAAGGAAAGCAAAAGCAACAACAGCAGUCACUCUCCUUACUCUCCUCACUCUCCUCGCUCUAGCAGCACACCCUCUCUAUCUUUCACACACUCUCACUCACACACACACAGCGCCAACAUAAGCCGUCUAAUUGAGAAAGUGCGCCAAAGCAACAAAUCGAAAAUGUUCUUCUCGCUCGUACAGACCUUGGUCUGCGUGCUGCUCAUCAAUGGCGGUCUCUAUGCGCUGCAUCUGAGCGGCAACAGCGAGAAGCAGACGCCAGGCGCUGGUUCCAGUUCGGGCUCGGGAUCGGGCUCGAGCUCGGGCUCCAGCUUGCCGCUGAGCGGCGCUGGACAUGUGAGCGCCGGCGGCGCUUGGCAGCCGCAGCCGCAGCAGCAACUGCACCAGCAUGCGGGCGGCGGAGCGCCACCUGGCGGCGGGCUAGGCCAUGGGCAUGGCCAUCGUUCGGCCGCGGCGGCGGCAUUCGAUGCGACCACGGGCCGUUUGAACAAGGAAAUAGCGGACAUGGCGCAGCUGGAGCGCGAGCGCCUCAUGCUGCUCGGCCUGGCCAAGCAGACGGCCGAGAGUCCGGACACGCCCGCCGGCCACCAUGGCCGGCCCAUCAUAGCCGGACGCGUCAAGAUGCAGCCCAGCGAGGAGCUGGACGUGAGCGACUACUCCGCGCUGAUGCAGCAGGCGGCGCGCGAUCUCAUGUUUGGCAGCGUCCAAAAGCAGCCGCCGCCGCCAAUGGCCACCGACAUGGAUUACGAGCAGCUGCGCGAGCUGGGCCGGCGGCCAGUCAAGUAUGACUAUGGACGCGUUAUGCAGCCAUCGGAGCAUGAGCUCGAGGGCGACACGCUCUAUGAGCCGCUGCACGGCUUUGGAGACUUUGAUGACUUCUCGGAGCUGGAGCCGAACGGCGAGGAGCCGCAUGUGGGCGAGGAUGAGCUGCUGCGCGAGCUGGAUACCUAUCAGUAUCAUGGCCUCGAGGAGGAGCCCUCCGCGCUGCUGGACAACCCGUAUCGGCUGCAGGAGCAGCUCGAGUUCGGAGCGCCCGACACACUGCAAUCGCUGCUCGAGCAGCAGGAGCUGCAGCGCGAUGCGCCGGCCAAGUCCACCAACCAGAAGACGCACUCCAACAGCAAUUACAACAUACGCAUGCAGCAGAAGUGGGCCAGGAAGCGGGCCCAGCUGCCCAGGCAGCAGCAGCAGCAGCAACAGCAACAGCAGCCAGCGCUCCACCGCAACAUCUUCGGUCAGCACUUCAAGCAGCAGCGCGGCAAACUGGCCCUGGCCAACUCGGAGGCCACAGCCAGCAAGCACCUGAAGGCAGCCACGCGUUCCGGCGGCUCCAGCAGCAGCAGCGUCGGCAACGUGGAAAAGUCAGCGCAGAAUGAGAACGGCGACGCAGCGAAGAAGCAACUGCACGAAUCGUCGGCAGCAGCUGUUGGUGAUGCACAGCAGCAACAGAAGCAGCAGCAACAGUCGCCAUCGUCGUCGUCGUCAUCAUCAUCCUCAUCAUCAUCGUCGGCAUCGUCAUCGCAGCAGGAGCAGAACAAGAAAGAAUCGGAUCCAUCGCUGUUGCUUCCCAAUCAUAAGCGAUCUGGCAACGCUGCCAGCGCUGGACUAUCUGGCUAUACGUCGCCCCCAGUUUCCCACAGCAUUGCGAGCCAAUUGAUGCUGCGCACGGCGCGCGGCCAACGGCAAUACGAUGUGCCACAAAUCGAAUGCCCCACCGCAAUGGAUGGCAUGGAGCGGUUCGCUUGCCCCACACCGGAUCUGCAGGGACGCUAUCGUUGCAUAGAUGACCAUGUGUUAUGCGAUGGCUUCAUCGAUUGUCCGGAGGGCGAGGAUGAGGACAGAAGAUCCUGCAUGUUCUACAAGACGACGAAAGCUCAUUUGGAUGUGUUAGCGGAUGCGUUACUACGCUGGGCGCGGGGGCGUUAAGUCCACAUAAUACACACUCACACAAGCACACACAAACACAUGAUAGAAGAAACGACACCUAGAUAACCCACGUUAAACAUAAAUUACAAUUAGGUUUAUGCUACAUAUUUAACAUUAAGUUUAAACAUGAACAGACAUAACACACACACACACACACACACAUACACACAUAUUAACCACCCCGCCUGCCCACACAUCCAAAA